AUGACUUUCCCACCUUUUGCUGCAUUCUUCAUACGACCCGCAAGGCCUGCCUCGUGUCAUGCGUGCCGACCUGCGGCAAGUGGAUUUGGCAGACAAUCACAUGCGUCGUGUGAAGAGAGUUUAGGCUGUCUGUUGUCUCGUCAACUUCCAUUCUGUUGUGGCUUUCAUGAGGAAUUGAUGCGGUGCCGCCAGACAAUCGCGGCUGUCAGGCGCUGUAUGGCCUUCUUCGCACUGCUCACCUUCCAGCUCGUCUCCGGCGGCCGAGUUCAUCCGGUGCCUCGUCCAGACUCUGCGGGAGCCGAGAUUGGCGGCUCCAUCGCCGCCGGACGUCAGACAGGACCUCUUUCGUCUGCUCCGGCAAGAGGCAGUUUGUCGCGAUCGGCCGUCGGCGGCAGAUGGUCGUCACAUGAAACCACGAACGGCGAGGCUGGCGAACAUGUGGGACGGGUCUACUGGUGCAUAAAUCAGCGCUACCGACAGUGGCGCAAUGUGAGCACCGCAAAUGCCAGUCAUCCUCGCCAAGUUCUGCUGGGAUCGGGCAAGUUUCGCUGUCCACAAGUCAACCAACAUCCGGACAUGACGCACUGUUGCGGACGCAUAGGCGCUCAGCACUGCUGUACACAAAUGAACACGCAAGCGCACAUUGGGCUCGAAGAACAGCGAGUCGACACAUGCUUCGCUUCAGUGGAACCAGAAGUCAUGCGGCCCGCAAGAUCCGCUGAACUGGAUAACUCAUUUUUCUGCAAUUGUCAUCACAAGAUUGGCCUUUACCAAAAGAGCAUAGCGAAUGAUCCGGCCAAAAUUAGAGCCGAAUUUCCACGUGGCACUUGA